AUGUCGUCCAUGCGAGGUCUCGUGCAGUUCAUCGCCGAUCUGCGUAACGCGCGAGCGCGCGAGCUUGAGGAGAAGCGGGUAAACAAGGAGUUGGCCAAUAUCCGACAGAAGUUCAAGGCCGGCAACUUGAACGGCUACCAGAAGAAGAAAUAUGUCUGCAAACUGCUAUAUGUCUAUAUCCAGGGGUAUGAUGUUGAUUUCGGUCAUUUGGAGGCUGUCAACUUGAUCUCCUCCAAUAAAUAUUCGGAGAAGCAGAUUGGGUACCUGGCUGUGACCCUGUUCCUGCACGAGCAGCACGAGCUGCUACAUCUGGUUGUUAACAGUAUCCGGAAAGAUCUACUUGAUCAUAAUGAGUUGUUCAACUGUUUGGCGCUGCAUGCUGUCGCCAAUGUUGGUGGGCGGGAGAUGGGCGAGGCGCUGAGUACGGACGUCCAUCGGCUGCUGAUUUCCCCGACAUCUAAAGCCUUCGUGAAGAAGAAGGCUGCCUUGACUCUGCUUCGACUGUACCGAAAAUACCCUGGCAUCGUGCAAAACGAAUGGGCCGAGCGAAUGAUCUCUUUGAUGGACGACCCGGACAUGGGUGUCACCUUGUCUGUCACAUCUCUCAUCAUGGCAUUGGCGCAAGAUAGGCCGGAAGAAUACAAGGGGAGCUAUAUUAAAGCUGCGCAGCGUCUCAAGAGGAUCGUGGUCGACAACGAAAUCGCACCUGAUUAUCUGUACUACCGUGUGCCCUGUCCUUGGAUCCAGGUCAAACUGCUGCGCUUACUUCAGUACUAUCCGCCCUCACAGGACAGUCACGUCCGGGAGAUCAUUCGAGCAUCCCUGCAACAGAUCAUGACUGCGGCCAUGGAUACACCAAAGAAUGUCCAGCAAAACAAUGCUCAAAAUGCCAUUCUCUUCGAGGCUAUCAACCUCCUUAUUCAUCUAGAUACUGAGCAUAACCUCAUGAUGCAAAUAUCCUCCCGUUUGGGUAAAUACAUUCAGUCUCGAGAGACAAAUGUCCGCUACCUCGGUUUGGAGGCCAUGACGCACUUCGCCGCCAGGGCCGAAACUCUUGACCCCAUCAAGAAGCAUCAGAACAUAAUCUUAGGUUCGCUUCGAGAUCGAGAUAUCAGCGUGCGGCGCAAAGGAUUGGACCUGAUCUAUAGCAUGUGCGACACCACAAAUGCGGCUCCCAUUGUGAACGAACUCCUACGGUACCUGCAGACCGCGGACUACGCCAUUCGAGAAGAGAUGGUACUCAAGGUUGCGAUUCUCACGGAAAAGUACGCCACUGAUGCCCAGUGGUACAUCGACAUUACAUUGAAGCUGCUGUCCUUGGCAGGCGACCAUGUCAACGACGAAGUAUGGCAGCGAGUCAUCCAGAUUGUGACCAACAACGAAGAAUUACAAGCCUAUGCCGCACACACGCUUUUAGGCUACCUGAAGACGGACUGCCAUGAGAGCCUGGUCAAGAUCGGUUGCUAUGUCCUAGGAGAAUUUGGUCAUUUGAUUGCCGACAAUGAAGGCUCGAGUCCUAUUGAGCAGUUCUUGGCUUUGCAAGGGAAGAUGAUCACAAGUAACGACAACACUCGUGCCAUGAUCUUAUCCUCCUUCAUUAAAUUUGUCAAUCUCUUUCCGGAAAUCAAGCCACAACUCUUGCACAUUUUCCGUCUCUACAGCCACUCUCCCGAUACCGAGUUACAGCAGCGCGCUUUUGAAUACUUGACAAUGGCAACGCUUCCCACGGAUGACCUCCUCCGGACCGUGUGUGAUGAGAUGCCUCCAUUUUCGGAGCGAACCUCUAUCCUUCUGUCUCGGCUGCAUCAGAAGACGGCCGGCACGACCGAGAAGAAGACUUGGGUCGUGGGUGGCAAGGAUGCUAACGCGGACAAGAAAGAAGUUCUCCUAGCACAGAACACCGGACUUAAGCGUACAUUUACCACUAUUGUCCAUGGUACCAAAACCGGAGCCAACGGGUCGGCGGCAACGUCAAACGCCUCUGGCGACCUGGCCGGGCUUGACCUCAGCGCUCCAUCUGCGCCCCCGCCGAAUAUGGCCAGUGCAGCUCAUCUUACGCCUGACUGGGAACCAGGGUACAAUAGAUUAUACUUUGCGGAUGAAGGCGUGCUUUUCGAGGAUGCGCAAAUCCAGGUUGGCUUGCGGUCCGAGUAUCGUGGCCACAUGGGCGUCGUGAAGAUCUACAUCUCCAACAAAUCCUCAUUCGCGAUCGGGUCUUUGACGACUACACUGGACAACCCUGCGGCGCCAAACCUGAAGAUUGAUAGCAAGAGUCUCCCAGAGCCUUCUGUUCCGGCUGCGGGCCAAACCCAGCAGACGCUAUUCUUUGAGGCUCACGGGCCGUUUAGCGAAGCACCCACCAUCCGGAUCUCGUACCUUGCUGGAGCGCUUCAGGCUUACACCCUACAGCUCCCUGUGCUGAUGCACCGCUACAUGGAGCCGUCGAAUCUGUCAGCAGAAGAGUUCUUCAAGCGGUGGAGGCAGAUUGGCGGUCCCCCGCUCGAGGCGCAGCACACUUUCGGUGUCACCGCCAAGGCGAAGAAUAUCACUGAGGCCUUUACACGACGCCUUGUGGAAGGGUUCCGCUGGAGGAUCCUGGAGAAUGUGGACCCCAAUCCCAAUAACAUCGUCGGAUGUGCUGUGUACCAGUUCCAUGGCGGGAAGACUGGAUGUCUGCUACGGCUGGAGCCCAACUAUGAACGCAAGAUGUUCCGGGUUACCAUUCGGGCCACGCAAGAAGCUGUGCCGCAAGCACUAGCGAGACAGAUGGAGCAGAAACUGGCGCAAGGCGCAUCGGAUGAGAUGUUUGGCUCACGAUGA